CUGAACUGAGGAACGUUAUUCAGGGACUUACGUGAAAUGACGCCUUUACUGGAUGAUCCCGGCGUAAGGACCAAAGUGAUGUUGGAAAUGCACGUGCACUUUCUCUGACUUUCUCCGACUUCCAUCCCUCGAAGAACCAUGGAGUACCGUAACUUGUGUUCAUUCCGCACGCCGUUCGCAAGUUUUCCAGAGGCUCUCGUGCGUCUUCAAAGGACUUUUAUCUUCUCUGAAGAUUUGUAGGAUAUGCUAAACGUUAACAUCCCUCGCACUCACUUCAAAGACAUCGUCCAGUAACUUUUAGACAUGCAGAGCCGCGGUGUGGUGAGAUCACCCCUCGGUCCCUCCGCUGUGCGCUCUUGCUUGCUGCUGCUCUUCAUCCACCUGAGCGCACCGGUGGAGGCGAAGAGAGCGCACGGAGGUCGAGCUCAAAGUCGACGGGUGCUUCAGCAGCAGCAGCAGCCGGCUCCGGCGUACAGGGAGCGCGUGGAAGGAGCAGAGAGCUUCCCUUUAGACUUUACAGCAGUGGAGGGUAACAUGGACAACUUCAUGGUACAGAUUAAGAACUUGGCGCAGUCUCUGUAUCCGUGCUCUGCGCAGAAGCUGGAUCAAGAGAUGAAGUUGGAGUUUUUGAAGAACGCAUCAGUGACCUGCAAUGACGGGUCACCAGCAGGGUAUUACAUCAAGCAGUCUAGAGGCAGCAAGAGGUGGCUGCUGUUCCUUGAAGGUGGAUGGUACUGUUUCAACAGGCAGACUUGUGACAGCAGGUACGAGACCAUGAGGAGACUGAUGAGCUCCACCAAGUGGCCAAAAACCAGGACAGGAACAGGGAUUAUGUCUCCUCAGCCAGAGGAAAACCCUCACUGGUGGAAUGCCAACAUGGUGUUUAUCCCAUACUGCUCCAGUGAUGUGUGGAGUGGGGCCACACCAAAGACAGACCACAGUGAUUAUGCAUUCAUGGGCUCACUGAUCAUUAAAGAGGUGGUGAAUGAGCUGCUGACGAAAGGUCUAGAAAACGCCAAAGUUCUUCUUUUAGCAGGAAGCAGUGCGGGCGGUACAGGCGUCCUGCUGAAUGUGGACCAAGUGGCAGACCAGCUGAAGUCACAGGGACACAGAGGCGUGCAGGUGCGGGGACUGGCAGACUCUGGAUGGUUCCUGGACAACAAACAGUACAAAUUCAUAGACUGUAGGGACACCAUCAGCUGUGCCCCCACAGAAGCCAUAAAGAGAGGCAUCAGGUACUGGGGCGGUUUGGUGCCAGAGAGCUGCAGACAGGCUAACGUUGGAGAGGAGUGGAAUUGUUUCUUUGGAUACAAAGUUUACCCCACAUUAAAAAGCCCGGUGUUUGUGGUGCAGUGGCUGUUUGAUGAGGCUCAGCUAACUGUCGACAACAUCCACCUGACGGGGCAGCCAGUGCACGAGGGUCAGUGGAGGUACAUCCAGAACCUGGGACAGGAGCUGAGGAGCACACUGCGUGAUGUUCCGGCGAUGUUUGCUCCGGCCUGUCUCUCACAUGAACUUAUCACUAGAACCCAUUGGAUGGACAUUCAGGUGAAGGGCACCUCCCUGCCUAGAGCCCUCCACUGCUGGGACCGCAGCCUCCAAGUUAUCAAGCAUGCCAACGGUAGUCACCACCACCAAAAGCACAGAGCCCAGCCCAUGAGGGGCUGCCCUCUACAUCUGAUAGACAGCUGCCCCUGGCCUCACUGUAACCCCACCUGUCCGACCAUCAGAGACCAGCUGACGGGCCAAGAGAUGAGUGUAAUCCAGUUCCUGAAGCACUUGGGCUUUGACGUGCAGAAGAUGGCUCAGCAGCAGGGGAUGGACCCCAGGACGCUACUGGGCAUGCUCAAUAACGGAAACUGAGUACAUUUCUGUGUUUAGACUGGAGAGAGGUGAUGAACAUGAACAGAAGACAAGAUGCACAAAACUAACAAUACUUCUGAGCAGUGCCAUCCACAAAUGACAAAUGUGACUUAACUCCAAAGUGAUGAGCUGAGGACAAAUACAUUCAAACCAGAGUGCUGGAAUAGUUCUAAUAUGACCUACAGGAUCAAACGCUCUAUGCCUUAGAGUGAUAUAUACUGUAGAUAUGCUAUUAUUGUGGGUGGACACAUUACAAUGAAAGAUGUGUAUAUUAGGAAAAUAAGUUGUAUAAUAU